CUCGUGUGCAGAGCAGGACUGCUCUGCUCAGGAGGGUUUUCCAGGCAGCCAGCCUCCGCUACCCAGUGCAGGAGCCUUCUCUCUGAGGAAACAGCCGUGCCCUGCCUCCUGGAGCAGCCCAACCGCAGGUGACAGACCACCUAGUGGCUCGUAUGAAGUGGUGACCACUCCGACCAGCAGUCAAUCCCCAGUCAGAGGAGGAGCCCGCAGCUGCUGCCGAGAGAUGGAGGAGCCCACCCCCGAGCCCGUCUUCGUUGAUGUGGACAAAGGACUGACGUUGGCCUGCUUCGUCUUCCUCUGCCUCUUCCUCGUCGUAAUGAUCAUUCGCUGUGCCAAGGUCAUCAUGGACCCUUACAGCGCCAUCCCCACAUCCACCUGGGAGGAGCAACACCUGGACGACUGAGCCGCAGGGCAAGGGGUGGGGACUGAGCCUCGAGGCGCUCUCUGGGCAGGGGGGCCCAGGGGAUGCUUCCAUGUCCCCUGGUGACUGACCUGCCAGCCCAGAGUCGGUCGCAUGGGGGUGGAGAAAGCCCACCUCAGCCUUGCCUGCUCCUACACGAGCACAAGCGUAGAACGACCGGGUUGCCACGGCAUUCCAACCACUGGCAAGUCUGCACUUAAGAGCCCUGGACCAGGCUCAGGAGGCCCGAGCUCAGUUUGGGGCGCUGCUGUGUGACCAUGGGUGUCACUUGCCGUGGGUCCCCUGCACCCUUUGGAUUCAGGGUCGGGCCAGACGCCCACCAUCACACGAUGUCUCCUUGGGAAGGAAAUCUCUGUCCGUAACAUAUGAAGGGGCACAGACAUUCGCCCUCGGCCUCCCAGGGCAGCCACCCCUUCCGAACCCAGGCUCUUCCCCAACACGGGGCCCAGCAGAGGGCAGACUGGUGGGAGGCACCUCCCCGGGACAUUCAUAAAGGGCACUGCUCUCAAGCAGGUUGGGUUUUGACUGAAAUACAGAGGGAUACAAUGUUCCUAUUAUCAAUGAAAUAGGCAUCUUAGAAAUUUGGGGGUGGGGGUGGGGAAUACAGGAAAAUAGAAGGGUGCACAUUUAAAAGUACAUCUCUUCAAACCACAAUUUUUAGAUAUUUUCCUCCACUCUUUUUGACACGUAUUUUUUCAAUCGCCACACUCCUACUGGGUGGGUGAUGCCAACUCCCUUCAUAUCACAGCCUGAAUGCCUCCCCUUUUUAUCAAAUCUCCGUGGCCACCGUGGGCAGUGGCUGCAGAGGAUUCUGUCACUGAAGGGGUCAGAGUUCAGCAGUCAUAUCUAUUGGUUGUCCUUUGACUUUAAAAAAAAAAAAAAACGAACUUUUCCUCACACAAAAUUAUUUCACCCAGUAGCAACCUUUUGUGGGUGUCCAGGCCAUGAGAGGACUACUAGACAGGGAGACAUGGCUUCCAACCUACUUUGGCUACUCAAAGGCCGUGUGGCCUUGGGCAAGUCACUUCACCUCUCAGUGCCUCAGGUCCCUCGUUGUACCAUGGGCAAGAAAAGCCUUGUCCUUCGUAGGUGUAAACCCACGUGAAUGAAAGGGUAGGAGUGGGUGGGGGGAUGUUCUGAAAGGUAACAAGCUGUAGGUGGUGAUGUGUAAGUUGUUGAUGGUGACUCUUCUUGUGAUCUCUCUCCACCCUUCCACCUACGUCCCACCCCCCACCUACAUCUCUGGCCUUUCAGCACGAAUACUGGACCAGAGCCCACAAACAUGACCAAGGUUCAGCGUCUCCUUGCUUGUUAUGUAAUCCCGAAAAACUCACAUCAUCUCCCUAAGCUCCGGGUUCCUCACCUGUUUAAUGAGGGACUAGCCUCGCCCUCACAAGGUUGUUGUGAGGAGGGAAGGAGAGAACAGGAGCAGACACGAUGGCUCUUUCUUGCAUCCCCCAGGCCAGGAGAAGCCGGAGUUCUGAGCUGGGAGGAGCACGGGUUUCUGGGUUUCCCCCUCUGCACAUGCGGUGAGCCCCUGGGCUCCCCUCCAAUUUCCAGGGCAGAUUCCCACGAGCUAAGUUUCCCAUUCAGAACCGCUAGUCAGAGGACUAUUCACAGAACGCCCCCCUGGGAGCACCGGACUUCAAGGGGUAUGGUGUCUAUGCAUUUACGUAGUUGUUUCUGCCAUCAGCUUUCCCACCAACAAAACUCAAAGUCCAACUGGACCAUCCGAGCUCCUCGUCCUUUGAGUGCAUUUCUUCCAUCCUGCCAGCGUGGGGCCUGCCCUUCACAUCAGGAGACAUACAGCUGUGAAGCAGCUCAGGGCUUCCUUUCCAUCCCCUGCACCCCAGCCAUGAUUCCCCAUCACCACCAGGCCGUGGGGGGAGGGGGCUUGGUGUUUCUAAAGCACCAUCACCAGUAGGUGGACCCUGACACGGAGCAAGGCCAUGCCUAUUCAGACAGUGUUUCAGGGCACAUUCAGCUGUCCCCCCACUAGUGGGAUGCACAAAGGGACAGCUGGCAAAGUUAGGGGACCAUGAUGCAGCCAAAGCUCUGUAUAUAGGGAAGGUUCUGGAACAAAUCACCUGUGUGUUUCCUCAGGGCCAGCAGCCGCCUCCACUCUGCUGCCUACCUCAGAAAUCCCAAGCACGUCAACGCCCGGUCAGCGAAUAGUGGACCCCCAUGGGCAAUGCAAGCAUUUCUGAUGCUUGGGAGAGAAUGAAUGUCCUAGCGCAAUGCUCCUCAAACUGGCCCACAUCUGCAUCACUGGGAGUUUGUUAGAGAGCCAGUAUCAUGGGCCCCACUCCAGAACUUCAGAUUCGGGAUUUGGGGGGUCAGGCCCAGAAAUCUAGAUGAGCAAGACCCAAAAAGGAUCUGUAUACACACUAAAAUCUGAGAAGUGCUGCCCGGGGAGCCCUUCAUCCGAAGGAUUUGGUAUUUUUCAGCUCUUUGGUCUUCUUGAUUUCCAAUUCGGUAUUUUCACACCUAGAUCUGCUCAUGUUUUCGUACUAUUGUUUGAUUCUUUUUGAUGGCGGCCAGCCCAGCUCAGUCCUAUCAGUCCCCUCAAGUGGAUUCCGAGCCUACAGAACCAAGAACUGUCUCUGCAUUAGUCUUCAUGGGGGCAGUAGCCUCGGCUGGCUCCUAAAAAGUGGCUGCUAGUGGAUUUGAACUACCGAUCUUAUGGUGAGCAUCCCAAUGCUUAACCCCAAGCACCACCAGAAUUCACUUUUUAAUGAUCAGAGGAGUAUAAUAUCUCAGAAAGGAUAGAAAAUUAAACAAUAAAAUAAACAAAACUUCCACCUCAA